UAGGACAAGCAAUCAUCUUGUGCCAUGAUAACACUGCAACAACCACUUUAAAAAGAAAACAAAAGGAGAUUGUUUGACACAAUUAUUGUCAUUCACAUUUUUGUGCGUCAAAAGAAGAAAGAAGAGAGAAGAGAGAAGCAUGGGUGAAAAGAAAGUCCCAGAUGUGUUGCUGAACACAGGUCACAAAAUGCCAGUUCUGGGCAUGGGAACUUCAGUGGAGAAUCGUCCUUCAAAUGAAACCCUUGCAUCAAUCUUUGUUGAUGCCAUUGAAGCCGGGUACCGCCAUUUCGACAGCGCCGCCGUGUAUGGAACAGAGGAAGCCAUUGGCUUGGCUGUCAAGAAAGCCAUCGACAAAGGACUCAUCAAGGGCAGAGAUGACAUUUUCAUCACUUCAAAGCCAUGGAACACUCAUGCUCACCAUGAUCUUAUUCUUCCUGCUCUCAAGGCCUCACUAAAAAAGCUGGGAACAGAGUAUGUGGAUCUUUAUUUGAUACAUUGGCCAGUGAGGCUUAGACAUGACCUUGAAAACCCAGUAGUGUUUUCCAAAGAAGAUAUUCUCCCAUUUGACAUAGAAGGGACAUGGAAAGCAAUGGAAGAGUGUUACAAAUUGGGCUUAGCAAAGUCCAUUGGGAUAUGCAAUUAUGGUAUCAAGAAACUCACCAAAUUGCUUGAAAUAGCUACAAUCCCCCCUGCAGUUCAUCAGGUGGAAAUGAACCCAUCUUGGCAGCAAUGGAAAUUGAGGGAGUUUUGCAAGGAGAAAGGAAUUCAUGUUAGUGCUUGGUCAGCACUUGGAGCUUAUAACAUAUUUUGGGGUUCAGGAGCAGUCAUGGAGAAUCCAAUCCUUAAAGACAUAGCAGCUUCCAAAGGGAAGAAUGUAGCUCAGGUAGCACUUAGGUGGACAUACCAACAAGGUUCAAGUGCAAUGGUAAAGAGCUUCAACAAAGAGAGGAUGAAACAGAACAUUGACAUAUUUGAUUUUGAGCUGAGUGAGGAAGAUUUAGAGAAGAUCAAGCAUGUUCCACAGCGAAGGCAAUACACUGGGGACAUGUGGCUCUCUGAGCAUGGUUCUUACAACACAUUGGAAGAACUUUGGGAUGGUGAUGUUUGAACAAAAUCAAACAUAUAUUCUAAGAUCUUAAUUAAUUACUAAUAAACUCUUAUGAUUUGAAUUUCACUUCUUGUGUGUUGCCAUGGUUGGUUUUAUCUUUAUAUUAUAUAGUAUGUGGACAUAACUAAUCUAAGCAUUUAGUUAAGAAAUGUAUUUUGGUUGAGAACUUGAGUGGUGAAUAAGAAUGUGACAUUUGUGUAUGUGAGGUUUAAUUUCCUUUGUCAUAUUCAUUCAUAUAUGUAAUCAUGGCCACGUGGCCCUAUUGUUAUGAGCCACCAUUCAAAGGUUGUGCUAA